GUGACUUUAUCCGCGGGUGUGUUCACGGGACUCGGGCAUCGCCAGGGCCAGGGACAGACAGCCUUUGGUCACGGGCCCGACAAAAUUCAAUUCAAAUGCCGUGACAUCACAGGGUGCGUGCGGCGAGGGUCCAAGGGCGGGUGCCAAGACAGUCAGCUGUGUUGGGCGGCGUUCUGUAAUGCCUCACUGUGUUGUGGUCGGGUGCAACACUACAAAUCGCUACAGACAGACAAAAUAUAGGUUUUUCCAUUUUCCAAACGACACUGAAACGUCCGAGAGGUGGCUACAACUGUGUGGAAGACCGGAUAUAACCAAACCAGUUCAUCAUAGGAUAUGCUGCUUGCAUUUUGAGCCGUCUGCUUAUCAGAGGAACUUGAAGUAUGAGCUCCUUGGACAGCCAGUGCCUGAUAAGCAAAUAAGGCUGAAGCCUGAAGCAGUGCCAACGUUACGCUUACCAUCAACAGGUACUGCAGGCAGCCCAGCUAAGGGGAGAAGAGCCAUUCUACCAGAAAAUCAACCAGUGUCCUCACCGGCAGUGCCUAGGCUGUUACCAAGCUUAUGCCAGCCUCCACAUAAUGAGCCAAGACAACCAAGACAAGUGAGUGGCAUCACAGCCCCUGAGGGAGGGCCAGGCGGCACCAGGCCCCGGCGAGGCCCAGCGAUGGAGGAGUGGUCAAGCUGGGAGUUCUGCAGGCACCGCCGGGACUCAUCUGCCGCUGCCGCAGGAACCAACCUCCAACACCCCGCCCUGGGCCUGGCCGGACAUGAGCCUCCAAACACCGCCAUGUGGGGUGCGGGCGAUGAGACAACCCACUACAGGGAGCCGUUCGAAGGGGUGUGUGCGAGACGCCAGGACGAGGGCAACGACAGUGACGAGAGUAGCUGUAUAUUGUCACUGCCGGAUUUGAUGAAGGAUUAUGGGGAGGUUGGCGACGAGGGGACGACCAACGACACUCCAUUACCAGUGUUACCAAGCGAUGUGGAGGGUAACAGUGCGAAGGGGAAGAGUCAUGAUUCACAGCCAGUGUUACCAGAUCUUACAGAGGGUGAGAGAACUAACAGUGACACAUCAAUGACAGUGUUACCAAGUGGUGUAGAGGGUGACACUGCAAACAGUCCAAAUUCACCACCAGUGUUACCAACUGAUACAAUACGGGACAGCAGUGAUUGGACUAACCUCAACUCUUCAAUGACAGUGUUACCAAGGUCUGUAGAGGGUGGCACUGCAAAGAUAACAAGUCCAAAUUCACCGCCAGUGUUACCAACUGAUACAAUACAGGACAGCAGUGAUUGGACUAACCUCACAUCCUCAUUGACAGUGUUACCAAGCUCCGUAGAGGGUGGCACUGCAAAGAUAAACAGUUCUAAUUCACUGCCAAUGUUACCAACUAAUUUUAUGGAAGGUGCCAGUAUUGAGAGUAACACUACCACCUUAUUGACAGUAUUACCAACCUAUACAGAGAAUAAUACCCAACAGUGCAACAGUCUCAUUUCACUGCCAGUAUUACCAACACAUAUUACGGAGGGGGAGAGUGAUUACAGAAACAGUCCCUCAGUAUUACCAAGUCAGGCAGUAGGCGACAGUGACCAUGGAAACAGUGCUAAUUCAUAUCCAGUGUUACCAGCUAAGGAGAGCGACAGCAAGCUAACCAACAAUCCCACAUCGGUAUCAGUGUUGCCAAAUCAUUCAGCGGAGGGGGACGGGGAACAGAUUAGACUCACACGCCCCUUGCUAUCAGUCCUAUCAACCAGUCUUAUGGAAAACAACAGUAACCAAACCAGCAACCCAACCUCAUUACCAGUGUUACCAAAACCUUCCACAGAGGGUAACAGGGAACAGGAUAGUCUCACACGCCCUUUACUAUCUGUCUUAUCAACUAGCCUUCUGGAAAACACCGCCCAGGCUCGUAAUAUCAGCUGCCCCUCCUCACAAUCCCUCAUACAUAGACUUUUAGCGGACGGGAAAAACGAACGAAGCAAACUCAAUCGCACGCUCUCCGCCCCGUCAAGCAAUCAUGCGGAAACGGACAGCGAUCAAAGUACUGGCUGUCCGUCACUCGCGUCAUCUCUUCAUGGUCUACCGUACAACCUAACUGAGGACAUAAGCAACCAGAGUAACCGUUCCGCGACGCUCCCAGUCUCGCCGCCACUAACACCACAACCAUCAAGCUCGCAGCACACAACAUCAGCGUCGCAAAGUCCAGCGCUACCCUCGUCGGAACCCCAGACAUUCGAUUCCUCACACUAUCACCCGAAGAGGAAACGGAGGAAAAACAGUGACGGAACGGAUGUAGGGUUGAACAUGGCUUCGGAAGACUCGCCUCCGCCCCCAUAUUCGUACUGUAUUGCGAGUGCAGUGGAGAAUAUCCUCAUCGACUGCCCUGAGGAUGUGCGCCAGGAGUGUGGGCAGCAGAUUCUGACGGCGGCGAUGAAGAUUCUGGUGGAGAUGAAGAAGGAGGAGGAAUCGUCAGUGGCCUUAAUGGAAUAGCGGAACUGUGCGU